UUUUUACGUCAUCGAUGUCCUUUCUUGGCGCGAUCACCGGCAUGAACCUUGGUUUGGUCCAGAAGAAGACCAAUUUAACUCCAUUUUAAUAACUAAAACACGCCUUAGCAUAUACAAUGGAAGUCAACAGCAUUGUAGAAGCCCUUCGGGCCACAAUGGACAUAAAUAAUAGAGAACAAGCAGAGAAACAGCUUCACGAGGUUCACAAGAUAAUAGGAUUCUCUCCCUUGCUGUUACAAGUUGUAAUGACAGAACAGUUGGAUAUGCCAGUCAGACAAGCAGGUGCCAUUUACCUGAAAAAUGUGUUGACCCAGUCCUGGCAGGAAAAGGAAGUAGAGAACCCAGGAGAUCCUGUGCCUUUUAGUGUUCAUGAACAAGAUCGUCAACAAAUCAGAGAUAAUGUCAUAGAGGCCAUCAUACAUGCUGCUGGACCAAUCAGGUCCCAGUUAUGUGUUAUUGUUAGUCACAUCAUAAAAUGUGAUUACCCAGGAAGAUGGGCUGUUUUACCAGAGAAGAUUGCCACUUUUAUCCAAUCAGAAAAUCCCAUGCAGUGGAUGGGAGCUUUGAUGACUUUGUAUCAAAUGGUUAAAGUUUAUGAAUACAAAAGACCUGAUGAAAGAAAGAUACUCGAUGAUGCUAUGGGAGUAAUGUUACCAUUAAUAUACCAGAGGAUUUCAUUCAUGAUGCAGGACCAAUCAGAAGCCUCUGUCCUACUACAAAAACAGAUACUGAAAAUUUAUUAUGCCUUUAUUCAGAAUUUUUUGCCACAAGAUGUUUUAACAAAAGAAGUUUUCACUCAGUGGAUGGAAGUUAUCAGGCAGAUUGUUGACAGACCUGUUCCUGAGGAAACCACACAGAUAGAUGAAGAUGAGCGACCUGAGUUGGCAUGGUGGAAGGUCAAGAAAUGGGCAACUCAUAUACUGGCUAGAGUGUUUGAAAGGUAUGGAAGUCCUGGUAAUGUGACCAAAGAAUACAAUGCGUUUGCUGAAUGGUAUCUGAAAGCCUUUUCAGGUGGCAUAAUUGCAGUUUUAUUUAAAGUAUUGGACCAGUACAGACAAAAGAUAUAUGUAGCACCUAGAGUAAUGCAACAAGUUCUCAAUUAUUUAAACCAAGGAGUCAGCCAUGCAUUUUCGUGGAAAUACAUGAAGCCUCAUUUCCAGACUUUAAUACAAGAAGUUUUAUUCCCUUUGAUGUGUCACAGUGAUGAAGAUGAUGAAUUAUGGAAUACAGAUCCUCAGGAAUACAUCAGAGUUAAAUAUGAUGUGUUUGAAGAUUUCCUGUCACCCGUGAUAGCUGCACAAACAUUAUUUUAUUCUGCGGCAUCAAAACGAAAAGAAGUCUUGCAAAAAGCCAUGGGAUUUUCUAUGCAAGUUAUAAAUGAACCAAAUGUUAACCCUAGGCAAAAAGAUGGAGCAUUGCACAUGAUAGGAGCAGUAGCUGAAGUUUUAUUGAAGAGAAAGAUUUACAAAGAUCAGGCAGAAAUGAUGUUAGUAAACCAUGUCUACCCAGAAUUCACCAAUGAAAGUGGAUUUUUACGUGCCAGGGCUUGUUGGGUUUUGAAACAUUUUUGUGAGUUGAAAUUUAAAAAUGAGAACAAUUUGCGCCAAGCAUUAGAAUUGACGCGGAAUGCUUUAUGUAGUGAUAAAGAUUUACCAGUACGGGUAGAAGCAGCUAUAGCUUUACAGAUGAUAAUUACAGAACAAGAAAAAGCCAAACAGUUCAUACAACCACAUAUAAAACCUAUAAUUUUAGAAUUGUUAAAUGUGAUAAGAGAAACAGAAAGUGAUGAUUUAACGACUGUGAUGCAAAGAUUAGUGUGUACAUAUGUAGAGGAAGUGUCUGCUUUAGCUGUAGAAAUGAUGACACAUCUGGCUUCAACCUUUGCUUCGGUGAUUGAUGGUGAUAUAUCCGAAUCAGAAGAGAAAUCUAUUACAGCUUUAGGUUUACUCAAUACCAUGGAAACCAUAUUAACUGUCAUGGAAGAUCAAAAAGAGAUUAUGUUACAGUUAGAGGGCAUCGUUUUAAAUGUGAUAGGUGUUAUUAUGCAAAAAGAAAUUAUGGAUUUCUAUGAAGAGAUGUUAUCCUUGGUGUACAGUUUAACCAGUGGCCAUGUAUCGGUACAUUUAUGGCAAGUGUUCCAGAUGUUACACACUAUGUUCCAGAAAGAUGGCAUUGAUUAUUUUACAGAAAUGAUGCCUGCUUUACACAACUAUAUAACAGUAGAUACUCCUGCUUUCCUAGCUAACCCAGAACAUGUACAGAUUAUAUAUAACAUGUGUAAAACAGUAAUGUCAGCUGAUAUUGGUGAAGACGCUGAGUGCCAUGCAGCCAAGUUAUUAGAAGUUAUUAUACUACAAUGUCCUGGACAAGUAGAUCAUGUAAUUCCAUCAUUUAUAGAAUUAGCAUUGUCAAGACUUACACGUGAAGUUUUAACAUCAGAAUUACGGACUAUGUGUUUACAAGUUGUGAUAGCUGCAUUGUAUUAUAAUUUACCAUUUUUGAUGGACACGUUAUCUAAGUUACAAAUUCCAAACGUUAAUGGAUCAUUAUUAGCUCAGUUUUUGAAAUCUUGGUUCCAUGAUAUAGACUGUUUUGUUGGUUUACACGACAGAAAAAUAACAGUUUUAGGAUUGUGUUCGUUGGUAAAUCUGAUCAGUAAUAAUCGACCAACUGAAGUGUCAGAAGUCUCAGCACAGAUUAUACCUGCUAUGUUGUUACUCUUCUCUGGCCUGAAGAGAGCCUACGCUGCCAAAGCCAAGGAAGACGAAGAUAGUAGUGACGAGGAAGAGGAAGAUGAUGACGAAGAAAAAGAUGAAAAUGAAUUGGCCAGUGAUGAAGAUGAGGUUGAUGAAGAUGGAGCACAAUACUUAGAAAAACUAGAGAAAUCCGCCAAUGAAGAUGAUGAUAGUGAUAAUGAAUAUUCAGAUGACGGAAUGGAGGAAACAGCAUUAGAAAGUUACCAGACACCACUGGAUGAAGAUAGUUGUGAAGUCGAUGAAUAUCAAGUCUUCAAAAAUGUUCUACAAAGUAUCCAGACAGCUGAUCCCGUUUGGUACCAGGCUUUAAUGACACCUGUCACUCCAGAACAAACCAAGGAAUUGGAGGAUGUUUUCAAGUUAGCUGAACAAAGACAUGCUGCUGCAGAAUCAAAAAGAAUAGAGGAUGCUGGAGGCUAUGUAUUCCAGAAUCAGUCUGUGCCACAGAAUUUUAAUUUUGGAACAUAACACACAUCGUCAAAUGGCAUUCCCUGUGUUUGACUGCUUAUGGCUUCGAGGAACGCAAGAUAAUCGCAUUACGUGGGCAUGUUGUCAAUACCAUAAUUCACAAAACCUAAUGCUAUACAACCAUUCACUGUACAUUUGAUUCAUUUAGUUACUCAUUUGUGCAUACAAGAUUGCAGAUACAUUCUUGGUGGAUCUUUAGUUUGUGAUUAAAUACUGAUUUUUUUGUCGAGUUUAGUUAUUGCUUUCUCUUCAGUUAUUGUCGCAAGAGAAAUUUGUCAUCAUGCAUAGAUUUCAUGAGUUGUAUUGGAAGACUGUGGCUAUAGUGAGAUCUCCAGUUAGAGCGAAGAAAAUGACAUUAAAAACAAACAAUCAUGUGUUUAUAUCAGAAUGUUAAUUGAAAUAUUGCUACAUACUAACAUUCAUUAUCAUGUAAAAAUGGAAAUUAUCCAUUAUCAAGAUUUCUCAAGUGUCAUACUAAAGUAGAUAGUUUGAAAUUUAGAAAUGAAUGGAAAUUAAACAAAAGUUAACUGAAAUGAAAUUUUAGUAAACAUUGAUUUAGAUUUGAAUGUGAAUUUUUAUGUUGAUACAGUUCAGUUAAAAACAACAGAUUUUCAGCAUUAAUUUGAUUUUCCGUUAAAUUCGAUAUUUUCAUUCUUUAUAUGCAAGUUGAAUAAGGGUUCAAGCUUUUGGUGUGGCAUUAACUGCCUUAAAUUUUUGGAAAUGAAACUAAGCAAGUCAAGUUAUAGCAACAAAUCAUUAGUUGAAAAAGGACCCAAUGUUGGCACCCUAAAAAUAUAUUUUUGUUGUUAUUUAUCAUGUAAAAUUCUUAUUUAAAAAAAAAGUGUUCUUAAAAUUGCUUUCUUAGUGAAAAAAGAAAAGCUUUUGUAUAUUCUUUUAAGUUAAACAAAUUGAUCCAGUCUAGUCAAAAAAUUAAACUUAACAUUUCAAAUGCAUAAUGAUACAUGUUUUGUUUUAGUUUUUCUUUUAUUUUUGCUUUUAGAUAGUUGCAAUAUAUUGAGUUCAUUGAAUAACAAGUUUAAAUACUCAUCAAAAGUUGUUAAUCAGUUUACAAUACGGCCUUUACAAUUAACUUUUUGAGUGCACAAGCCCUAAACUCGAUGGUAAACAUUUUUAGUUGGCUUCUGUCUGCUUGUAAAGAAGAAUUUUACAAGCCUGGGCCAUAGAACUUGAGGUUAAGCACGAAGAGUGACAAUAAAGACAACUCAAACUAUAUCUAUUAAGUAAUAAAGUUUAGUCCCUUACUGUCAGAUGAAAUACAUUUUAUAUUUCAUCUGCUAAAACAGGAUAUCACUUGACAGAUUUUUAUCAGUAAAACUUUCGAUACCACAUUUGUAAAUGAUUCUUGUAUGUCAUAUUUACGAAUUCAGUUAUGGAAGGAGAUAUACUAACAAGUAAAACAUGUAAAUGUGUUAUUACUGAUUAAAGAUGAUCUGUGCUGAAUGAAAUUGUAUGAAUGUCAAAAUAAUUCCCUCCCCAAACCAGAUUUUGUAAGUGAGGUAUAUUGGUGCUGAAUUGAUAGAUUUGAUGUGUGUUUGUUUUUGUCUGAAGUAUUACGUCUUUCUUAUUUUGCAAUUUUGUUAAGCUUCCAUGAAUACAUUCCUUUAAAACUUGUAUUGCGCUAUGAGGUAUGUAUUUUAUCAUAUUUAAUUUUUUAUGCAUAACAAAUUUUUUUUUUCUUUUUCUGAAGGCUUAAACCCAGAACUAGAGCAUGGUGUUUUCUUGCUGAUUACUUUUAGUUUAGCCUUUCAUCAUAAGUUUCAUUGCAACAGAUUUUUGUUCAAUCUAUUUCUUUUAAAUAUUAUUUGGUACAACGGUUGCUAAACUCAUGUUUCAUGUAAAAGCCAAAAGUUGUUUUUAGAAAGGUUGUAUUAUUAUAAACCCAAAAUACAAUAUCUGAAUUUAAACAUUUUGGGUGUGAAGUAUUCCACAUGUUUAUGAAUCUCUUGCCUUUGUUUAACCCUCUUGUUUAAAAUAUUCACUUUUUCAUCAAAAUUAAAAGCAGCGAUUUUACCAACAGUCUUGUCAUGAUUCAUUUUAAUGAUAUUGGGCGUCUUGCAAGUCUGAUCAUUCAAAGUUGAUAACAAAAUUAACAUCUAUUUCGUAACAACAACAUAAAAGUGCUUAAUUUCUAUGAUAAUGUAAAUUAAUAGGGAAUGAUAUAUACUAAAUUUCUAAUUAAAUUUUCAAGGAAUGGUUUUCGUUGGAAUGAGGUAUUCAAUGGCAAGAUUAGUCCAUUUGUUAUACAAACUAUAUAAGAUCAGAAUACAGUGUGGUUAAUGUCCUCCUUUACAUGACGUAACCAUGGUUGUGCUCCUAAGAUAGGAGGAUUACACAGUGGAUAUGUAAUAAUCUUGUAAAAAUAUUAUCAUUGAUCAUUUAUCAUUUGAACUUUCCAAGAACAUCCAUCCAUUAAAUGCAUGUAAUUGUGUUAAUAAAAAAAAUAAUGUAUUUAUUAAAAUGUACAUAAAAUAUCAUCAUUGGACAGUAUUGUACAUAGUAUACCAUUGUACAUAUGUAUAUUUAUUUUGUUAUAGAGAAAAUGUCAAAUAACAGUAAACGAUGAAAAUUUGUAAAGGUGCAAAUGUAUUUAUAAAUUGUAAUAAUGUGUAUUUUUGUCACAGUAAAUCGAGAGAAAUUAUUAGUGCUAAAUUGAUAUAAAAAAAAUGGGUGUAUGGAAACUUGAUGCAAGAUUUUUCUGCUUUCUUAUUUUUAAAACACUAGUGAUGUCAUUUGGCAUCUAGGAGAGAAUAUUUGAUAUCCAAUUUCUUUCCAAUUUUGCUGGUAAAUUAGCAUUUUAACCACACUAACUUCACAACCUGUUAGUUCCUGAUAACUUUAGUUUCAAAUUGACUUCUAAAAGCAAAAAGCUGCAUAGGUUUCCAUGGUUUUGGAUGUUUUAAUAAAUAUUAUGUGAUUUGAUAUUUCAUCUUUUGCUGACAAGUUUGACAAUUUCUUGUAUUUAAAAUUCUACAUUACAUGUGAUAAUCCACAGAAGUAACAGGAGAUUUGCAUUUUGAUUUUGAUACAUUCAUUUGUCCUGAAAUUAAAUUGAUUCAAUAUGAAUCUCUAAAAAAGUAAACAGAUUAUCUCCCUUGUUAAGUAUGGAAGUAUCGCAUGUAUGAAAAUAGCAUUUGUAUAAGUGACAUUGUGAUUUUACAUCCUUGCUUGGUGUACCUACUAAGCAGGUAUUUAGGCCAAAUAUGGACAACAAUAUUUUUAAUUUCACAUAUUCAACCAUUAUUUCACAAGAUUAUUAUGAAAAAAUAGUUGCAAUGAAAUUUUCUUAUGUUUUAAAAAUUUUAAGGACUUUUUCAUUGUUUCAUUAUCUUGAGUGAUUUGUUUCUGAAAUGACAGUCAUUGCAUCAAAAAUACUACUACAAUUUUAUAUGAUAAAUCUGUAUUACAUUUACUGAAUCCACAAUAAAAAGCAGUCUGGUUAACCUCUACUAAGUAUGCAUUUUGCUAUUUUGUUUUGUAUCAGUGCAAAUUCCUAUCAUGAAAUAAAAAAUUGAAAUGAU